AUGAGCCGUGAAGCUGAAAUUGCCGAAAUAGAACGACACGUUCUCGACGCGGAAAUCGAAUACAAUCAGGCGAUACUUGAGAGCUGCAUGGCACAGCAACGACUAACAAGGAUUGCAAAGGAAAUGCGUCGAAACUCUUUGCCAAAUAAAUCGUUCCUUCAAUCAUUCACUCAAGAUGUGACUGCACGAACACAAGAAGAACUUCAUCGUGCGCCGGAAAAGACUGAACAAGGUUUGAAGCGUGUGCGAGAGGUAGGACUGAAACUCGUCGAACUUCGGGAUAUAGCUGCGUGGGUGAAGAAGGGUGGGAAGCUACGUGACAUUGGAAAUGGAGAAGAUGGUCAGAAUGGAGAAGGACAAAAUGCACAAACAUAA